AAAAACCCUUCAACCCCCAACACUCCAAACUAGAAAAAAGCACUUCACAAACUCAACUUUAAAACCUCAACAAACACAUUAAUUAAUCACACACAAAUAAACCCUUCAAUAAUGUCUAAACCUAGAAACUUCUUUUUCUUCAAACCAUCACCACCCAAAUCAUCAUCACCGUUACCAUCACCACAAAACAAAACAUUCUCAGACGCAAUAGUUGAUGAAAACAUAGAAACCGCACGCACUCUUAUAACCAAAUGGAACACUGUCUCUACUUCUUCUAACCAUUCUAAUUCUCUUUUCACCAACACUCGUCAAGAAGCCAAACGCUAUCUUAAAGCCGUUAAGAGUCUACAAUCCGCUAUGAUGUACCUCGUCGCACGUGAUUCCACCUCCAAAAAACUCGUUGAAGCUCAAUCCUUAAUGCAACUCGCCAUAAAGAAACUCGAAAAUGAAUUUUAUGGAAUAUUAUCACAGAAUAGAGACCGAUUCGACUCUGAAUCGAUCUCUUUUCGUUCUUCCACUGAUCGUCGGAGUAGUUCUUCUGACGAGGAAUUCUCCGACGACGACGGCUCAUCACUCGCAGCAGACUCAGUAUCUAUGUCUGCUGUUGCUGAUUUGAAAGCUAUUGCAGAGUGUAUGAUUUUCACCGGUUACAGUAAAGAAUGUGUGAAUAUUUACUUAAUCGUGAGAAAAUCUAUUAUGGAUGAAGCUUUGUACAAUCUCGGAGUUGAGAAUUUGAGUUUUUCUCAAAUUCAGAAAAUGGACUGGGAAAUGCUUGAAUAUAAAAUGAAGUGUUGGUUAAACGCCGUCAAAGUCGCCGUUAACACUCUGUUUCACGGCGAGAGAAUACUCUGCAAUUAUAUUUUCGAUUCGCCGGAGAAGAACAACAUCGGAGAAUCGUGUUUCGCUGAUAUUUGCAGAGAAAGCGCAUUAAUGCUGUUUGCAUUCCCGGAAAACGUGGCAAAAUGCAAGAAAACUCCGGAGAAAAUGUUCAGAACGCUUGAUUUAUACGAAGCGAUUUCAGAAAAUUGGAAUCAAAUUGAAUCAAUUUUUUCGUCGGAAUCAAACUCACCGAUCAGAUCGCAAGUCGUUGCUUCACAGGUUAGACUCGGUGAAACGGUUAGAACAAUGUUAACCGAUUUUGAAUCGGCGAUUCAGAAGGAAUCUUCGAAGAUUCCGGUACCAGGCGGAGGAAUCCAUCCUCUCACACGCUAUGUCAUGAACUACAUCGCACUUCUCGCCGAUUACAGCGAAGCAAUCGGCGAUAUAGUUUCCGAUUGGCCACAAACUCCGGUACCGGAAUCUUACUACAAAAGUCCAAUUCACGACGAGGAUAAUCCACCGUCGGAGAUAGCGAAACGGUUAUCGUGGUUGAUUCUGGUGGUUCUCUGCAAACUCGACGGUAAAGCUGAGUUUUACAAAGACGUUGCACUUUCGUAUCUUUUUCUCGCGAAUAACAUGCAAUACGUCGUCGUAAAGGUUCGUAAAUCGAAUCUAAGGUUUAUUCUCGGCGAGGAUUGGUUAUUGAAACACGAAAUGAAGGUUAAAGAGUAUGUUACGAAGUACGAACGCAUGGCGUGGAGUAAGGUUCUAUCGUCGAUUCCGGAAAAUCCAACGGUGGAGAAAGCAAGCGAAAAUUUUCAGGGUUUCAAUGUGGAAUUCGAUGAAGCGUUUAGAAUGCAAUAUUUGUGGGUUGUACCCGACCUGGAACUGCGAAAUGAAAUUAAAGAGUCGUUGGUUUCGAAGAUUGUUUUUAAGUAUAGGGAAUUUUAUGUGAAGUUUCGGGUCGGGUUGGACUCGGUGAUAAGAUAUUCGCCCGAAGAUUUGAAGGAGUAUCUAUCCGAAAUUUUGCGUGGACCCGAUGGGGUCAAAGAUUCUUGAAGUUGGAGGACCUGCCGGCAAUAAUGGGGCCCACUUUGUGAUUUGUUUUUAAAGUAUUUUGGUUAACCGUGAAGACAAGAAAAUGGGGCAAAUAUCCAACGACAAGAACAAUGAUUUAUCAAUAUGCUGUUUCUUGGUUGUGUAUAGUGGGAGUAGCUUGGGUGCAUAUGCAUUUGGUUGGAAUCAACGUAAGUAUACAGAUUUAGAAUUAGAUCAUUGAUGGAAUCCAGAUACAGGAGUAGGAAAAUGAUAAAAGGACAUGUACAUUUCUAUAGUGUAAUAUACGGUAGUUAAGUUUAUUGCAAUUACCAUAAUAUAUACUAUCAUUCAUUUUCACAA